GUAAAACGUCUGUCCUUUGCGCAUCACAGCUCUCGGAAAAACAAUCUCAUAUUACUAUAAUCAAAAUGGGAGACACUGGCCACAAGGUUGAGGCUGUCCAGCAGAGCCUGGACCAGCUUAUAUCUGCUGCAAAAAAGUCCCAGGAGAAUCUAUCAGUCGAGGAUCGUUACAGUCUGAUGAUCAAGGCAACCCGUCUCGUACAGACCCUCCGGGGUCCCGCAGAUGCACUUUUCGCGCACCUCGAGAAUGCUGUCCAUAUGGGAGCCAUCAGAACACUCCUGGAGGCUGGCGUAUUCCACGCCAUCCCCACCGGAGGCAAGAGUAUCUCUGCUGCCGAGAUAUCGGAAAAGACAGGCGUGGACAAGGAAUUGAUUGUCCGGUAUAUGCGCGCUGUCACCCCAAUCGGCCCUUUCCAAGAAACUGGAGAGGAACAAUACGCCCACACACCUUUCUCGGAAAUCUACCUUGCCCCGCAAAUGAGGGCAGUAUACAACCUCACAGUUGACGAAUAUGCCCCUCCCAUGUUCCAAAGCCACGAAUUCUUUCGCCAAAAGAACUGGAAACAUGAAAUUAGCCCACGCAGCAACCAAUACACAUUCGCUCACGACUGCGAAGGCAAAACCAUGUUCGAACAUGUCGCUCAAUUCCCCGAUCGCCUCAGCCGCUUGAGUGAUGCGAUGACGGCUUCGGAUUCGAAUCUACCCACCGUGGGUAUAUAUCCAAUUGCUGAAGAACUAGGUCCCCUCGCGAGCGAUGAUACAGUAACCCUAGUUGACGUCGGUGGCGGACGAGGCCACGUUAUCCGCCAAAUUAAGGAAAGCGCACCUGAUCUCAAGGGCCGGUUCAUUCUUCAAGACGAAGCACACGUAAUCCAGAAUAAUGGGGACGAGAACGAAAAAUAUGGGAUCGAGGCUAUGGCUCAUGACUUUUUCCAACCUCAGCCGGUUAAGGGAGCCCUGGCUUACUACCUCCGACGUUGUCUCCAUGACUGGCCCAACGAACCCGAGGCCCAGAAAAUCUUAUCCAACCUGGCAGCGGCAAUGGACAGAGAAAAGUCUCGCGUGCUGAUUACUGAAUGCGUUGUUCCGGAAGUGGGAGCGACGAUGUUUCAUGCCUGGAUGGAUCAAGCUGUGAUGACCAUUGGUGGUCGCGAACGGACUGAGAAGGAUUGGGCUCAUCUCUUGGAUAUUUCGGGCUUGAGAUUGGUCAAGGUGUGGCGUACGCCUGAAAUGUCCGUUGGGGUUGUAGAGGCUAGGUUGAAGUGAACAUGAAACAAUACAGAUAUUAUUUGGGCAAGGAUGUGUCUCUGCACAGUUGGUAAUAUUCUAAGGUAACAACACUUGUUCAUGGAGUUUGUUGAUCUGUUUUAACUUGACCGGGGAGUGAGAUUGUGCUCAGGAUGGGGGCUGAUUUGGUCAAACAUCGUCUUACGAUGUCAGCCUAGUAGGAAGGGUCGGAAUAUUUCCAAACGCCAAAGUCUGACAAUGCUUAUCAUGGCCGAGGGGCGCGGACAAUUUUUUAGCCAAAGCCCCCGAUCCUUCGUUUGGGGGCCGUUUCAUGUUGAGGCUCAUCUUCAAAAAGAAUUUAUC